GUUGACACAUGAAAAAUAUGGUCAAAUAAAAAUCAUUUUUAUAUGAACUCAUUUUAUAAAUAAUAAAUAUGAUUUCCAAUAUUAUAUUAUAAAUUCUUAAUUAUAAGAUAUCUUCGUUAAAACUGAUAUUGAAUUUAUGAAGUUAUUCAGAAUGAAUUUUAAAAAUGAUACAAACGUUAACUUGAUUGAACUGUCAGCAGUCUGCGCUGCGAUCGCGUAGUGAAUGAAGUGAAAUGGCAGUUCUAUGAAAAGAAAUCAUAGUUAUUUACAUAAAUAUUAUUAUUUUUUAUACAUUACAGACAAUUACAAUAAAUACUCCUACUGGAAAGUGUUAUUACACUGAAGACCGCUCUAUUUUGGUGAAAUUUACAACAGUACAAGGAAAACAAGCUAAUCCUGAAAGAGCUACCGAAAUUACUUGUUACACACCACAAACAUGAAUGUGAUCAUAACCGAUAAGAAGUGGGCAAGGCAUAUAUUUUCGCAGUCCAAUUUCUUGUUGCUCUAAUGGUUCUCACUGAGAAAAGUGGUAAAAUGAGUUCAGAACAACCUCUAAAGAAAAAGUUGAGACGAGAGAAUGAAACAGACAAUUCAGAUGAAACAGAUUUUAUCCACAGCUUAGCCGAUGAUACAGUCCCAGCAGAUUUCCAAGCUCUGCAUUUGUCCCGUCCUCCCCAUAUCAACGAGGAUGACAUUACUAGGAAUACUGUGAAUUUACAUUAUAGUGAAAAUGGUUUUAGGACUAGUGACAGAACUGAUAAAUUCGAUAGUAGUGGUAGUGAAAGUAGGGACAAGGAUGUAUCAACGUCUGACGUGGAUUUAGACAAUCAAGUUUCGUAUAUAUGUAGCACUGAAAAUAUUUCAAUCACUCCAGCUCCAGAUAUUAGUUUCCCAUCUAAUUCUAUAAAUGCUCCUAUUACGAAAUCCAUCCAUGUAAGCUGUACAUCGCACGCAGCACCCUGUGACAAUAUUGAGAAUGGUGAUGAGAUUAAUAAUGAUAAUUAUUUUGGUUUAGACGAUUUUCAAAAGUAUUUGAUUAAGCAAUGUUUAUGUGGAGUUCCAGAUUCGAUUCUUAGGAAACCUUUUGAAGGACAACAGAUUAACGAUUGUGGGGGAGUAAGGACAGCUAUGCUAUCUGAAUGGUCAGAUAAAAAGAUACUACAGUUUCUAUCCAAUCUACAACUUUUGUUCGAUGUUUAUUUAAAACAAAACAAUAAGGGUUUUAUUUGUUCAAAUAUUGUAAGUAUUUGUGAAGCGUUAAUAUGUAACGAAUAUAAUUUAAUCGAACAAAUAAUAUCCUUAUGUGAAACGAGAAACAAGUAUAUCAAUUUUUUGGCAGCUAGAACUUUAAGUAGUUUUCUGGUAAUAGCUAAAACAAAUAUUAAUAACGAGUGGCUUGAAACAAUAGUAAACUUCUUUUCCACUGAGAACUAUGAUUACGUUAAAAUUCAAUUUGCCUUAGAAGUAGUGAAACGAGUGGUAGAAUGGAAGGAUGUGGAAUUACAUGUUUUGGAGGAAGCAGAUUCUCAAGGGUCAGAGGGAAGUGGUUCCCAAAGUGAAGCAAUAAAUUCAAAUUGCGUAACAGUGCCUUUUACAGAUCCAGAUAGUUACGAUACUUCAGCAAUAAAAGGUUUAAUCAUAAAGAGUCUGGAAGCUAAGUGGCCAGAACUAAUUCAUAUGGUUCAAACAUUACUUUUGCAUAACAAUUCAAUACCAGCGCAAACUUGUGUUUUAACUUUUCUUGCUCUAUGGGAAAGUACCAUUUCAGUCAAAGCAAAUUUGAGUGUCAUAGAUACUAAACCGUUUUAUGCACACUUGGAGAUAUUUGUUGGUAUGCUCAACAGCCAGUUGCCACCCAUAGUUUGGAAACAGAUACUCUCGUUAUUUAAUGAAGUCCUCUGUUAUGGUAGCACACUUGCCUUGCAAGAUAUGCUACCAGAUGACACAUGUCAGUUGGCUCAUCUUUUAGUAAGGUAUGUGAAAGAUUAUCGACUGUUAGAUAGCUUACCUUACAAACGUAAUGAGGGGUUUAUAGUGAACAGUUUUGUGGGUACUAUAGUUAGCUUACAACCUGGACAAAGUAGCGCUGAUAAAACACUAUUGCAAAAAAUGGUUCUGCUUGUACUAAAAUCUGUGGCUGUUACGAUUAAGGAAACAAGGUCCGACAGUUCUGAUUCCAGUGUAGGUUCAGACGACUCAGAUUUUUAUCAAGACAUGCAACUUAUCGAACGUUCGAUUAGGGAUGUUCUUAAGAAGGUUGAUGUUUUUAUGAAAAACAGCUUGGACUUUCAUCCUGAAACACCAUUUUCAAAAAUACUUGUACACUUAUUCAGUGAUCAAGAUGAUUAUAUGAUAGAAGCGAUGGUAUGUACGUUAGACAUAACCGUUGGUAUUUCUUAUAGAAACGCAGUAUACCCAGAUUUGAUAAACAUGUUAAAUCCAAUACAUUCGUUUAUAGAAUUUUUAAAGGUGGUAAGUCAUGAUCCAGAAAUACUUUUAGAUUAUCUAGUAAGUAACGAAACGUGUUUCUUAUUGUACUUGUUACGGUUUCUAAAGUUUACGAAAAGGAAUUGGUCGAAGUUUAUUAGUAGUUGUGGGGAGGGUAGUACCUCAAGGGGAAAUGAAUUAGAUGACACUAUGAGUGUUCUAAUUAGGUUAAAGAUGCAAAUAAGUAGGUUAGUUUCGAGAGAUCUGUUUCCUUAUAACAUAACGCCAAUUUUGAGAUUACUAGAAGUUUGUGAAAAUCUGUACGAAGGGAACGAAUUUAGUUGAUAGUGAAGGUUCAAAAUUCAAUUUCAUCUAACUAAAGUACAAACGAUUAUUGCCUUAGUUAAUAUACUAAUUUUAAUAUUAUUUAAUUCCUCGUCCAUACUAUGUAAUUUAUUAAGUUAUUUUAUGAUAAGGUUAGAAGACAAUUUAAAAAAUGGCACUGUUCAAUUUAUUCUUGUACCACUUUAACAAUUGUUUGUUGUGACUAAACAAUAUUGUCUCCUCAUAAGAAAAUUAUACAUACUUUUUUUAAGACUUCAUUUCAAAUUUACCAGUUUGUUAAUAAUAACCCAGGGUGUUUCAUUAAGAAUUGUCCAUAAAGUAACUGGAGAAAUCUUAGCACAAAAUACAAAGAUUUAACCUAAAACACUUAAGUAAAUAAAAGAUUCCUCCUUACUGAGAUACGAGAUGCCGAGAGUGUUUUAUUGCAAAUAUUCUAAAAUGAUUUUAGCCCAUUGUUUUAACACUUUUCAAUAUUUUUGUUCAAACUUGACAAACAGUUUACACAUGUUAGGAUACUUUAACUGGUGUUAAAAGAUAGUUUUCCGCUGUUACCGGAGGAGUGUUGUAGGAAUAUAUCGUCGUCGUCGUCGUCAGAUCCAAACCUCGUAUGUACAUUUUUGGCGAAAUCCACUAUUUUUUGAAGUUAUACUUCUUUAGGCGCGAUUGGGAGUGAGUUUUUAUUAUUUUGCGCGGAUGCGCACACAGACAGUAUGGAGUUCGUUGCUAAAAUGAUUUAAGUUAUGUAUGUAUCAGUCCAAAAAAGGUGUGUAAGAAAUAUAUUAGUGUUUUUAGUAAAUACAUUUAUUAUAAUUUUUGUGUCUUUGGAUUUGUCUUCCUCGGGAGUAAGAUAAUACGUAUUAUUAAAACAUUAUUUUUUUAUGUAUACCUACUACUUCACUUCAUCUAUUUGUUACCGUGAUUUGUCAUAAUGUCCGAGAAACCGUCAAAACAAUGUCUUUGUGGAUCAUUGGUAGAGCGUUCUACUAGAGAUCGAAAGGUCCCGAGUUCAAAUGCGGGCAAUAGCUGUCUUUUCAACGAAAACUUUUCGUUUAUAAAUUUGCAAAAGUCUGUGUGUUAUUGCGUUGCCGCUCCUGCAAUACUUAGAGCAGGUGUAUCGAUGGAUUCUUAUGUAGUUUUGCCUUCUGAAUCCAAAUCUGAAAACGGCAUUUCGAUAUCUCUAACCGUCUUCGAGAUAAUCGACCUCAAACUCUAAAAUGUGACGUCACAAUCCGGUUAUCUCCUACCGACGCACUAAACGUCAGCUCAAAUGGUUGAUUAGGAAGUAGGCUACUUUUUUUUAAAUCUCGAUUUGCCAAGCAUAGGGUAUUUACACUUGAGUUUGACACUUCGUGAAUGUCAAACUAAAUUUUAAAUUAAGUAGGUAUUAAUAAAACAUCAAUGACAUUUGAUAGUGAAUUUAAUUAUUAUAUAAAAUAAAUAAUAUGUUCAAAAAUACAAUUUGAGUAUAAAUAUUUUAAAAGCAAUAAUUUAUUAAAGAGGUUUAUACCAGUAUAAAUACGGCCUCCCCUUUAUGAUAAAUGGACUGUUCCAUUUCUAGUCGUUCGCUAAACUCGACACAACUGGCUAGUGAUUGUAGAAAUUGGCAAAAUUAGUAAUUAUUUAGUAAUAAUUAUUAACUAUUUAGAAAUUAUUUUUUUGUCGAAUUGGCAAAAUUAUUGACUAAAAUCACUAGUCAGUAUUGUGUCUGUGUACAUCCUUCUAAUGGAAAAAAAAAUAUUUGAAGAUUUUUCUCAAAUUAUGAAUACCAAGAACAUUUUCAUUUAUAACUCUUUUAUUUUUAAUUUGACAAAUAAAAGUUAUUCUUCAUAAAAACCUCUUUGUUCUAAGAUUUAUGAUGCAACCAUCAUAAAUAUAUAGGGUGUCCCAAAAGUAGUGGAACGGUCGAAUAUUUCGCGAACUAAACAUCGGAUGGAAAAACUGAAAAAAUACGUGUUUCAAUCAUUUUCCAAAAUCUAUCCAAUGACACCAAACACC